GACGCCUGGGAGGAUCAGCGGCUGUUUGGGGAGGCAGAGCUCAUGUCCGGAGCUCAAAUGCCGGAACCAGGUCCCUCCCCCAAACUUUCCCCCGUUUCUGCAAGCAACCCCCGCUUUUUCCAGCAGAAACCAACUGGCCGCGUGAAGGGCAGCUUUGUUCCUUCGCUGCACUUCAAACCAGGGUUUCCUCUCGCUCAAGCAACGCCUGGAAAACAACACCACCCCACUUCACACUAUUCCUGCUGCCGGAGUCGCCCUCCUGCAGGCCGACAUGAAUGGAGGGCUCGCGGGGGCAUCUCGAAGGUUUCCCCGCACUAGGAACCAAUUUCUCUAGAAAACAAGUAGCAACAGGCGGGAGGCCUCUCGUGUCGCCCGGGAGAUUGCUCAGUCCUAAUCGCAGGGAGUUGGGGAGGGACGGCGCUAUCUCUUUGUUUAUGUUGCCCUUAGCAGCACUUGGGGUGUUUGGGGCGGAUGGCGGCAGCAGCAGAAAGGGGUCCGGAAUAAUUUCUUCGCCACAUCUGACACGCCUCUCUUAAGGACAAAAACUGGUCUGUGAAGCUUUAGCUGCGGGUUCGAGAGCUUGGCCAAAGGCAGCAUGACGGAGCUGCACGAAGCGGUGGCUUUGGGUAAAUGCGAUUUAGUGGAAGAAAUCCUCCAGAGGGAGCUCGCGGACCCAAAUUGCAAAGAUGCGGACUGGAGCGACCGGACGCCCCUCCACUGGGCGGCAGCAAACGGCCACUCAAAGAUAGUAAAGCUGCUUGUGGAACAUGGUGCUCGCCUGGCUUUACGAACUGAGGCAGGUUGGACUCCAGUUCAUUUUGCUGCAGAAUCGGGGCAACUGGGUGUGUUGAGAACACUGCACUCCUUGCAUGCACCAAUGGAUGCCCCAGAUCUCUAUGGAGAUGUCCCAAGAAGAAUUGCAGAAAUCUAUGGGCACAAAGCCUGCGUCAAAUUCUUGGAAAUAGCUGAAAUAGAAUACAGGGCAUAUUGCCAGAUGGCAAAAUCAAAGGGAAUUCAACUGGAUGAGAAGGAUGACGCUUGGGAGCUUAAGAAGGAAGAACUUUUGAAAAGCAAACCCUUCUCUCCAAAGAAACAUUUGAAACACAAGAUGCACAGAAAGGAUGGUGUGCCUUCAAGAAAACAAUAAAAAGAAUGGUAUAUUCCAGAUAAGCUAGACAAGAAGGUCUCAGCUACCUUAACUGUAUAGACAUUGCAACUCAUUUCAUUUAUUAUUUUUCUUACUUUGAACUAGUUAGUCACCAUCUCAGUUUAAGAAUUUUUUAAAAACAUAUAUGAAAAAUACUAUUUUUAUAUGCGUUUUGCCUGGUAAACUACUUUUGCACACUUAUACAAUAUAUUCAUAUUUUUAAGAUUUCCUCUAAUAAAGUUUUGUGCUUUAU